GGUAAAUCCUUCCUGUUAUCCCUAAGGAAGAACAUCAAAAUGCAAACUCUUGCGUCCUUCAUAAUCCUACUCUCCUUGCUCAGCCUCAUCAUGAACAUUCAAGCACAGGUCACCUACCGUUAUCAUUUUUGCACAAACUCAACUACGUUCACCAGAAACAGCACCUUCCAGGAAAAUCUAGAUGUUCUUCUCUCUUCCCUUUCAUCCAAUUCAACCCACCUCAGUGGAUUCUAUAACACCUCUGCUGGGCAGGUCUCCGACAACGUUUAUGGCCUCUUUCUCUGCCGUGGUGAUCUUAGCACCGAUGUUUGCAAAGAUUGUGUCACCUUGGCCACCCAAGCUAUUAUCCAACGCUGCCCCACGCAAAGAGAGGCUAUAAUCUUUUACGAUGAAUGCCUACUGCGAUAUUCAAACCAGUUCAUCUUUUCCAGAAUGGCCCAAGAACCUGUUUUGUAUUUGUUGAACUCACAGAAUAUAACAGAUCAAGAACGUUUUAACGAGAUAGUGGACACCACCAUGGACGAUACAGCUUUGCAGGCUGCAAACGCUUCAGCUGGUAAAAAGUUCGCAAUCAAGAAAGUGAAUAUCACUCAGAGUCAAAGCCUCUAUACACUGGCGCAGUGCACGCCUGACAUAUCUGUGUCUGUGUGUGGACAAUGUCUGCAGUUAGCUAUAUCUCGGUUACCUGGUUGCUGUAGUGGAAAGCAAGGAGGAAGAGUUUUAUUCCCAAGCUGUAAUAUUCGGUAUGAGAUAUAUGAGUUCUAUAAUGCAACCGCUUUACCACCUCCUCCUCCUCCUCCAGCAGUAACAAGACCACAAGGUAAAGUUGAUUUUGCACUAUCUUUUGUCUCUGUUAAUUACGAUGAAUAUUCAGACAUGUUUCUGUAUUCACACAGGAAAAAGCGGCUUGGAUUUGGUGAGGUUUAUAAGGGAAUAAUGUCUAAUGGACAAGCAAUAGCUGUGAAGAGGCUGUCGAAAAAUUCUUUCCAAGGUGCAGAAGAAUUCAAGAAUGAGGUCCUGUUGGUAGCCAAGCUUCAACACAGAAAUUUAGUGAGGCUGCUAGGAUUUUGCCUGGAAGGAGAAGAAAAGAUCCUGGUUUAUGAAUUUGUUCCCAACAAAAGCCUCGACUACUUUCUAUUCGAUCCUGAGAAGCGAAGGCAAUUGAAUUGGCCAAGGCGUUACAAGAUAAUAGAAGAAAUUGCUCGAGGAAUUCUAUAUCUUCAUGAGGAUUCUCGCCUUAGAAUCAUACAUCAUGAUCUUAAAGCUAGCAAUAUUUUAUUAAAUGAAGAUAUGCAUCCAAAAAUUUCAGAUUUUGGUAUGGCUAAGAUUUUUGGAGUUGAUCAAACUCUAGGGAAUACGAGUAGAAUUGUUGGACCAUACGGAUACAUGUCUCCGGAAUAUGCAAUGCAUGGGCAAUUCUCAGUCAAAUCAGACGUAUUCAGCUUUGGCGUCUUGCUUCUUGAGAUCAUUUGUGGAAAAAAGAACAGUUCUUUCUAUCAAACUGACGGCGGUGAGGAUCUUGUCAGCCAUAUCUGGAAACACUGGAGAAAUGAAACACCUUUUGAAGUGGUAGAUUCAGUUCUGAGAGAUUCAUAUUCAAGAAAUGAAGUCUUAAGGUGCAUCCAAAUAGGCUUGUUAUGCGUUCAGGAAGAUCCUUCUGACAGACCAACAAUGGCGAAAAUUGUUCUCUUGUUCAGUAGUUACUCUGUUACUCUGCCAAUUCCCCAACAGCCAGCUUUUUUUCUUCACAGCAAAUCGGGGCAGAUCAUGCCAGGGAAUGGGUUGGAUUCGGAACAGUCCACUAAUAAGUCAGUGUCAUGGUCUGUCGAUGAAGGAUCAAUUACUGAAGUAUAUCCUCGUUAGUGAAUGUAAUGAAAUUUUCUUUGAGGCAAGUGAUAGAAGUUUUCAAGGAUUGGAAACUUUGAUCUUUUAAUUUCAAUUUACGUUUUAAUCUUCAGUGUUAGUGUUGUUGUUAUUACACUUUAUUACAAUACAACAAUUUUUUUUC